UUUGCUUCUGAUUUUGCAAUAGCAUAUAGUUGUUGAUAAUUGCUGCCUGUGGCAUCUCCAGACACCAUAAUUGGUGGAGGCCGCGAACUAUUUUUUGGGUUAAGCGGUUUUGCUAUGGCGUUAUCUGCUUUUUCCUGAAGAUCAGGAGAACACUCCGCUUUUCGUUUUUUAGCUGGUCUUUUUUUUAGAAUCCAUUCCGUUUCUCUGGCUAGUUCUUCCUCAUCCGUUGAGAAUUCAACCUUAUUUUCCAAAUUCUGAAUUUUCUUUACAUCAGUGGACUUAAGCUUUAUAUUUUCGGCUUUUAGAGUAUUUACUUCCAAUGAAAGUGUUUUACACAUUUCUUCCAUUUCCUCUAGCUUUUUUGUUAGUUCUUCGAUUGUGACGUCUUUUUUGGCAGUUUUACUUAGUUUGCCCCCUCCUGAUGGUGGUGUCUUGAUAAUUGGCGUAAUUGAUUUUAAAGUUUGCUUAUAAUUAUAUUCAUAUAACAAUUAAAGGUAUAAAUAUAAAAUAAACAAUACUUGACAACCCUAUAACUCAGUUGCCUUGUGAAUAAUUAUUAAUCUAAAUUUUUAGUAUACUUUUAGGCUAAGGUAAUAUAGGUAAUUUUUUGUGGCGCCAAAAAAGUCUCCAAACAGCUGAUGUUUUCUCCUCUGUGUUCAAUAAAGUGUGAUAUCGGCGAAAUUACAAACCUUCCAAUCGAAACUAGUCAGUGGUUGUAGGUCGCUGGUUCUGCACUCCAAUACACCUGGAUACCGCGCUUUGGAUUUUCCGGAUUGAUGGGCAGAUUUUGUUAAUUUUCUGCCUUUUUCCACCAAAAUUAUUUAAUUUUUCUUAGCACGCACAAUUACUCACUCUUUUAACAAGCAGAUCUGCCAACAUCAAGAGUUGUUGUUUUGGGAUGCGUGUUUGUUUAAUAUAUUUUAUUUUUAAAGUAUAUUCACUUAGCACAAUUUAACCAAUUGCCUGUACCGAACACUUGAACUUACGGAAAUUGCGACGGCGAAAAAAGCGGAAAAAAGAGAAACGUGUUCAAAUAUCAUUGAACAUGCUUAUUUUUAUGCACAGCCGAAAUUAUACUAAAUAUAAAUAUCUAUUUAUAUAUUAAUAAAUAUAUACAUACAUAAUGCAUUUACAUGCAAUGCAGCAAAAUAAAAGAAAAAAUAUGUAAUAAGAAUACAAUACAGAAAAACAACCCUUAUGGUGGUUAUUGUAUCCGUAUUCUUCAUCAAAAAUCUCAAGAUCUUGUAUGACAGCACACACACACACACAUGUAUUGCAUUGUAUAGUUGAAAACAACCCCAUGUGGUGUGCCGUACAUACACAUAUAUUUAACUAGAUAAGUAAGACUUAAAAUAGUAUAUAAGGUGUACAAUAUUUACAAUAAAAUCAGAAUGAAAUAUUUCUCACUCAAUGAAGGUCAUUUUAUUUCCCCCCACCAGAGGUAAGGAAUAAAUAACCUUUUUUGAGUUUUUUACAUUUUUGGUCCUUCGAGCCGGAUGAAGAGCUCGGCCAAAAUCAAAACGUCCUGCAUUUAAAAAACAGGCAAUAUACAAAAAAGCCUUGUUCAAAAUACAGGCAAAUUAGAACAAAAAUAAUUGUAAGACGGGUGUAUAUUCCCGCAUAUUAGCAACAUAAAAUAAAGAGAAUGAAAUAUUUCUCACUCAAUGAAGGUCUUUUCAUUUCCCCCCACCAGAGGUAAGGAAUGAUAAAUCUUUUUUGAGUUUUUACAUUUUGGUCCUUCGAGCCGGAUGAAGAGCUCGGCCAAAAUUAAAAAGUCCUGUAUUUAAAAAACAGGCAACAUACAAAAAAGCCCUGUUUAAAAUACAGGCAACAUAAAAAAAUAAUUGUAAGACGGGUGUAUAUUCCCGCAUAUUAGAACCUUUGUUAACAUUUUUGGUCCUAUCGAGCCUUAAACAAAAAAAAAGAGCUCAGCCAAAUUUAAAAAAGCCCUGUUAUUAAUACAAAUACAGGCAAAAUUAAAUUGUAAGACGGGUGUAUAUUCCCGCAUAUUGACAAAAUAAUAAUUGUAAGACGGGUGUAUAUUCCCGCAUUAAAACCGAUCGCAUAAGCCGUUUUAGCAGAGACUAAACGCAGUGAUCUAACUGCUAUCCAAGAAAUAUUCAGCGGCUGUGAGUCGAGGCACAGCAAGGUCAACUAGGCGACCAAAUCAAAUACCUCCAACGAUUUCUUUGGAGAAAAAGAAGCAGCAACAUGACAAAUAAAUACAAGUCACAUACAUUUGAUUUGGAUCUUGGAAUCUUCAUAUUCAAGAGGAAAAUUCAACUCCUCAGAGAAGUAAUGGAAGAUCUCCACCAAAUCACUAUAAUAAAAAGUGAUCAUAUUAAACAUUUGAAAAUUGUGUUUCUCAAAUGCACAAUUUUCACACAAAUUAUUUUUCAAAAAUUUUUCCUGAAGUUGAAAAUUUAUAUUUUGAAAUAACGGCGGAGUAUUUCCAAAAUCUCAAACUUUGUACAGCGAGAUUACAAAAAGGAGAGCCCGAAAUUAGUUAUAUUUCUCUUCAGCGUGAUGUCCUGUUUGAAGAUUUUGCAAUAGAAGAAGAACCUGAAAUUUUGUACCGUUUUGACUCGGAUUUAAAAUGUACAAAAGUUCCAAUCUUUUAUCUACCUUGUAUAUAUCUGUCUUCUGCUGAGGAAGAAACAGCAGAAGUAAUAGAGGAAGACAAAAACAUAUCUGAAGUUGAAGUUGAAGAAGAAUCACUUGAAGAACUUCAUAAAGCUUCAAAAACUGAGGAAAAACCAACUAAAUUGGUAACUUGUCAUCUAUCUCUUCCGGCAGGCUCACAUUUUGGAAAAAUGUGGACCAGUGAAGUCCAGGUUAAAUCGUUUGAAGACGAAACUGAAGUAGCUGAUCAUAUUUUGGAAGAUGAUGCUAAAACACAGAACGAAAAUUUUACUACUUCACUAAAAUACAUAAAGGAAAAAUGCACCGAUACAGAAGGUGAUAAUACCGGCAGGAAUUCAGCGCAAAAGAGAACAAAAACGGUUGCAGCUUUGAAGGACACAAGAACAUCCAAGGGUGGAUCCAGCAGCAGUAAGGACGAACGCCAAUGCAGCAAGCCCGAUGACGAUAAAUCAAAGAGAAAAGAUGAGAAGUCCGGCGACAAAAAGGAUAAAGACAUUAGUGAACAAAAAUCAUCUUCAAACAAGACUUCGCAGAAGGAUGACAAAGUGAAUACAUCUACAAAAUUGUCGUCCACAGGAAAGCAGACAACACCUUCACGUAAUCUUUUGGUAUCGGGGUUAUCUUCAUUAACGAGAGCCAGUGAUCUGAAAACAAUAUUUUCUAAAUAUGGCAAAGUUAUCGGAGCCAAGGUGGUCACCAACUCCCGAACUCCGGGUACAAGUUGUUAUGGCUACGCAACAAUGUCAUCAUCGUCGGAUGCCAGUCGAAGUGUCGCCAAAAUACGUGUGGAUACAACAAAAAAAUAUGAAGACAAGAAGAUACGAGACACAACUUCUAAGACGAGAGACGACAAACAAACUAUUGAUACAAAAAAGUACGAUGUAUCAAAGAAACCUGAAGUGGAGAAGGAUAAGCAACGCGAUAAAGAAAAGGAGAAGGACUAUAAUAAAAAAGACGUAAAUAAAACUAUUGAAAUAGCCAUAAUAGAUCCAGUUGGAAAAGCAGAUGUAGUAACAACCAUUUGGGAGUUACUAAUACCAUGGCAGCGUUAAAGCAAACGGACUAACCAAAACCCAUACGUCGAUUACAAUCUGCGGCAGGAAGUCACUUUUGUUGUCCGGCAGAAUUGAACAUGUUUAUUUUCUUAAAUAAGAUAAGUUAAGAAAUUUGUAAUACUUAAAAUCAUAAAAACAUAUACAGUCCACUAAUAAUCAUUUCUUUCCCUCGGCAAUAUGUUCAAAUAUCAUUGAACAUGCUUAUUUUUAUGCACAGCCGAAAUUAUACUAAAUAUAAAUAUCUAUUUAUAUAUUAAUAAAGACAUACAUACAUAAUGCAUUUACACGCAAUGCAGCAAAAUAAAAGAAAAAAUAUGUAAUAAGAAUACAAUGCAGAAAAACAACCCUUAUGGUGGUUAUUGUAUCCGUAUUCUUCAUCAAAAAUCUCAAGAUCUUGUAUGACAGCACACACACACACACACAUGUAUUGCAUUGUAUAGUUGAAAACAACCCCAUGUGGUGUGCCGUACAUACACAUAUAUUUAACUAGAUAAGUAAGACUUAAAAUAGUACAUAUAUAAGGUGUACAAUAUUUACAAUAAAAUCAGAAUGAAAUAUUUCUCACUCAA